CAAGACUUCCUCCUGAUCGCACAGGAGAAGUCACUCCCUCGGACCAGCCAUCAGCCACACACAACCAUCCGUCAGUCAUUUAUCUGGUCAGUCAGUCACACCUAUCUAUUCUGGCCAGUCAGCCACCAAUCCAUCUGGUCCGAUCACAGCCGCAAGCGCCGCUCGCUCUAUUCUUGUUGAGCGAGUAUCUGUUCAGACCGGUCGACGUCUGUUCGCUGGUUCAUGAUCCGCUCGCGUGCCGUCCAAAGGCUCCUCGGGUCUUCUCUUUCGCACCGUUUUCACGUCGCACGUCCUUGCGCUGGUGCCUCUGCUCCGGGACGUGUUGAGAGUGAAGACCAAUUUCCCUCGAACAGCAGCAGCGUCACACCGCACCGCGCGACCAGCGUCGCAGCAAAGACCAGCAGCACGCCUGCCAAGAGCAGCAGCAGCAGCAGCAGCGGCGGCGGCGGCAGCAGCAGCAUCACUCUUAUCAAGUGCCACAGCAGAGUGACUGCAGGCGCCAUGGAUCGCGAGCGGUUCCUGGGCGUGUUCAGGCAGCUCAAGGCGGAGAUCCUGGCGGAAGACAAGCUGUUCGCGUGCACGCCGGACUCCAAGGCGUGGGUGGAGAAGAACAUUGACCACAAUGUACCAGGAGGCAAGCUGAACCGCGGGCUGUCAGUGGUGGACACAGUGGGCAUUCUCAAGGGCGGCUUCGAUAAGCUAUCGGACGAUGAGGUCUUCCAGGCCAGCGCUGUCGGCUGGUGCAUCGAAUGGCUGCAGGGCUACUUCCUGGUGAUCGACGACAUCAUGGACAGCUCCAUCACCCGCAGAGGCCAGCCCUGCUGGUACCGCAUCGAUAAGGUGGGCAUGAUCGCCAUCAACGAUGCCGUGUUGCUCAACGCCCACAUCUUCCUCAUUCUCCGCCGCCACUUCUCCUCCCACCCCGCCUACACACGCCUGCUUGACCUAUUCAACGAGGUGACGUACCAGACGGCCUGUGGGCAGAUGCUAGACCUCAUCACCACCCCCGAGGGGGAGGUGGACCUCAACAAAUACACCAUGUCCACGUACCUUAAGAUCGUGCAGUACAAGACAGCCUAUUACUCCUUCUACCUCCCUGUGGCGUGUGCGCUGAUGCUAGCGGGCGUUGAAGAUGCAGCGCUGGCCGCGCAGGCGAAGGACAUCCUGGUGCAGAUGGGGACGUACUUCCAGGUGCAGGACGACGUGCUCGACUGCUACGGCGACCCCGCUGUCAUCGGCAAAGUGGGCACGGACAUAGAGGACACCAAGUGCUCGUGGCUGGUGGUGACGGCCCUGCAGCAGGCAUCAGAGGAGCAACGGCAGAUCAUAGAGAGCAACUACGGCAAGAAGGACGAGAAAUGUGUGGCGGCCAUUAAGCAGCUCUACACGCACAUGAAGCUGCAGGAUGCGUUUGCGGAGUACGAGAGGGAGAGCCAUGCCAGCAUCACAGCCGCCAUUGCUCAAGUGGACAGCGAGCCCUUGAGGGAAGCGCUAACAUCUUUCCUCAAGAAGAUCUACAAGCGCCAGAAGUAGCUGCUGCCAAUGCCAACCAUUCAACCUACUUAUAGGGCCUACAUGUGGCUACCCGUGGGAGAUGGUUCCCACUACAGGGUUGCUACGCCAUGCAUUUCCGUUCUUACAUCACAACAUCAUCAGCACGUCUUUACACACUCAACAAUCGACCACCAAUUGCACAUAUGGAAACGAGAAGUACCCAUCAUGGUAAUCUUAUCGCGGGAAGACCAUACACAGCUCGUGAACACUUUCAGCAAGAUACGGUCCACAUGGACACUUAAAGCCCAGGUCCCAAGU